GAAUGAGAAAUUUGGUUGUUUGAGAAAAUUUGACAUGGCUAACAACAAAAUAAAGCUGUUAUCCACCUUGUGUUGGAUAUUCCUUAUCCUUGCGUCUGUCGCCAACGCACAAAGCCAAAAAGAUGUUUUGAAAUGGUGCACUACAACUGCCGGGGAGCAAGAAAAAUGUGAAGAGAUGGCACAUUCCGUAGAUCUUCAAUUUGCAGUGUUUGGAAAACUAGGCAUGAUUAUUAAGUGCAUCAGGGCAUUCAACAAAGCAGAGUGCAUGCAGUAUUUAGACAAGAGUGAGGCUGAUGUAACAACAUUAGACCCAGGAAAUGUUUUUGUUGGAGGCCGUUAUCACAGUUUGUUGCCAAUAAUGCAAGAAGUCUACACAAAUAACCAAGCAUUUUAUUACUCUGUGGCUGUUGUGAAGAAAUUUUCUCUACCAGAAGUUCAGAGCCUUGCCCAGCUGAGAGGGAAAAAAGGCUGCUUUCCUGGUGUUGGCAUCCACGGAGGCUGGGUGCAACCAAUCUACACUCUGAUGCAGCUCAGGCAUAUGGAUAUUGCUGAUUGCAAUAACCAUGUUAAAUCAGCCAGUGAGUUUUUUGGCCCUUCCUGUGCUGUUGAUUCACUGUCUGAUAUUUACAAUCCAUUGGGAGACAAUUCAGAUCAUUUGUGUCAACUCUGUGCCAGCAAAGUUCUAGGACAAAGAUGCACUGCGCAGGAUCCAUAUGCGGGAUAUCAGGGUGCAUUUAAGUGCUUGGUGGAAGCUGGAGAAGUUGCUUUCUUAAAGCACACAACUGUAGUAGAAACAAUUGCAACUGGACAGUUUGGAACUAUCAAGAUUGAUGAUUUCGAACUUUUGUGCGUUGAUGGCUCGCGUCGUUCGGUCCUUGAAUACCGCGAUUGCAAUUGGGGACAAGUUCCUGGCGAUGCAGUGGUUACUACUUCAGCGCGAGGCAUCGACGUGCGUGUGAAAUAUCAAAAGUUUUUAACCAAAUUAUUCGAAAUAUUCGGAUCUCGCACGGCCAACCCAAGGCCCGAAGUUCGCAACACUACUACAUUUCGACCUUUUGACGACUUCUCGGGCCGAGAUCUAAACGGCGUUGAUUCCUUAUCCCAACCAGUCUCUCCGAGGCAGUUUCAGCUUUUCCAAUCUUCCCCUCGCUAUGGAAUGCUAAACAACCUUUUAUUUCAGGAUGACUGUAUAAGUCUGAAGGCUAUUCCUGCAGAUCAACAGACCUACGCGGGAUUUUUGGGCAGAACUCUGGAUUCCAUUUUAGGGGUUAGGCAAUGCCCAGUAAAAGCGAUGACCUUGUGUGUUACCUCACCGAUUGAAUUGACCAAAUGCGUCCGCAUGCGGACAGCAAUGAAAGCGCAGUUGCUCCAACCUGAAAUGAACUGCUACAGGGCAGAUACAAAUAUCGGCUGUAUGCGGGCAAUUCAAACUGGAGUAGCAGACGUAACAAUGUUAGAUGCCGGCGACGUGUACACGGCAGGGUUAAACUUUGACAUGAUCUCCAUUCUCUCCGAAGUAUACAAUCUUGGAAAACCUGAGUAUUAUGUAGUUGCUGUGGCCAAGGCUACUGACCCGGAAACGGAACUCAUUUAUCUAAAAAAUAAGAACACAUGUCACACAGGUAUUUACCACGCUGCCGGUUGGAUCAUACCGUUGGCCCAUUUGUUGGCCAACGAAAGAAUCCGCAGUUAUGGUUGCGAUUCAGUUCAAUCCGCUGCCUCCUUCUUCACGAAAGCUUGCGUACCCGGCGCUAUGAAUCAAGAAUACCAACCGACUGGGUUGAGCUUCCCUCAUAUGUGUGACUUAUGUCAUGGCACAAGUUUUCGAUUUUGCCGGCGAGACCAUUCUGAGGAUUAUUUUGGCAAUACUGGUGCCUUCCGUUGUUUGGUCGAAGGUGGGGGCCAUGUAGCUUUUGUUCGUCACGCUACUGUUCUGGAAAACACGGACGGUAAAAGCCGCGAAUAUUGGUCGCGUAAUCAGCUUUCGCGUGAUUACGAACUUCUCUGCCGUGACGGCCAAAGAGCACCGGUUUCAGAUUAUGCUCGUUGUAACCUCGGGAAGGUCAAAGCUAAUGCAAUGGUAGCAAGGGGAGGAAGAGGCUAUAACAAAACUGAAAUUGAUGCCUUUAUCAAUGUUUUCAUGUACGCACAACAGUUUUACGGACUCAAAGGAGAUUAUUUGGAUUUCGCUUUAUUCACAUCAGACCCCCCUUACAACGAUGUUAUUUUCCAAGACGCUACGCAAAAGUUGCAAAUCGUGCCGCCCAGUCAACGGCAUUAUCACAAGUACUUGGGACCCGAGUUCUUGAGAGCUAGACAAUUGGUGGAUUGCCAAGCUGGAGCCGCCUCUUUGAAGUCGGGCUUCGUUGUUACUUUAGCAGUUUUUGCAAUCGUUUUCAGCCGUAUUAGGUUAUAGAAUCUACCUCCGUCCUACCCAUUCCAUUUUUUUUUAAUGACUUUUUAAUAACUGACAAAAGAGCACAAGUGCCUAAUAUUUCCGUCCAUUCUCAUUGCAAUGAAUCUCUUAAGAUGUUGUAGACAACGUUGAUUGGAAUUAUACAUCCAUGCCAUUUA